AUGGCUUUGCAGUUGCAACAGUUGUUCAGGAAUGGCGCUGCAGCACCGCAACGUCCCGCGACAAGGAAGCGACUGCGGCGACUCUAUGCGAGUGAGCAGGAAGUGAAGGACUCCCUUGAGCCGCCUCCGCCAUCUUCUGUGUGCCGCCAUCUCUUACUGGGCGAGUCUGAGGAUGGCGAGAUGACAGUGGUGGAGCGUCGAGUCAGCUUAAAGGAUCCAGUUUCGUUACAGCUCAUAGAGUGCCCAGUGAGAGGGCCGAACUGUGAGCACCUUGAGGCCUUUGAUCGACGUUCAUAUCUGGACUUCAACGAGAUGAUGGAACGAAACAAAUGGUGCAAACUUACACGGCGGUGGCUUUGCCCGUGGUGUCAGGUUCCAGCUAGGGGUAAGGAUCUGAUUGUGGCCCCAGAGUUCAAGCAAGUGCUGGACGAGAUGCGACGUGCAUGCUCUGACGCGAGCUACGCAAUCGUUCAACAAGACGGAUCACUCAGAAUGCCAUCUGUUGCAGCAGACAGGAGGAUCCAGACAGCCUCGUUCAAGCGCAAGUCUUCUUCAAGGGUGGAUCAGGUUGACACCUCCAGCGACACGGACUCUCCCAAGUCCCAAGGUGAGUCUGUGAGCCUUUGUGAAGUUGAGGACCUGAGAUCUCCUCAGAUGUGGGUGCUUUGUAACAUGCAAUGUGCAGGGCUGCUGGGCUGCUACUACGCCUUCUCAGCCGCAGCAGAUCUAACACGGUGA